CAAGUGGAUGCAAUCUUUGCAAAGCCAUCAUUUUGUGUGGACAACAAAGCAGCAAGAACACAGAAAACUGCAGAGCAUUGAGCAUCGACACAAACGUUAGUAAUGUCACUGCUUAACCAAGCUCCUUGCGGAGCCAUGUUUGCAAAGUGUCCCUCUCUGUUGUCCUCAGCCAAGUUCAUCACUGCAAAAUCAUCACCAUUCUCUAAUCCUGCACCUAAAUUCAUCACCAGAAGAAGCCCCAUAAGGCCCUUGCAUCUUACACUUGCCAAGGCUGAGGGAAACCUUGAUUCAGCUGCACCUACUAGCUCCUCUACAUCAACCUCAACUUCCACCGCUCCUUCUCCUUUUGCCAAUGAUCCAACUGUUUUUGUGGGUGGCGAGGAUGUUCCAUUGGAGGGUGUCAUUCAGUUCGAGAAACCCAGUUCAUCUGCUCGUAUUGAGAAAUGGGGACGCGUGGCUCUGCUAGCUGGUGGGGAUGUGUUGGCCUUGCUUGUAUUUGCAACUAUUGGAAGAUUUAGUCAUGGACUCUCUAUACUCGAUUUGGAGACGUUGCGCACUGCUGAUCCUUUUAUAGCUGGUUGGUUUUUAGGGGCUUACUUCCUUGGAGGUUUUGGGGAAGAUGGCCGUGGGAUGAAGGGUCUCCCCAAAGGUGUCAUUGCUACUGCUAAGUCUUGGGCUGUUGGGAUCCCUAUAGGAAUAGGAAUCAGGGCUGCAACAUCCGGUCAUUUCCCAAACUAUGGUUUUAUAUUUGUGAGUCUGGGAAGCACUGCUGUUUUACUUAUCACAUUCAGAGCAUUAUUAUACACCAUUCUUCCAGUUGACAGUAGUAAGAAGAGCGAUGUCUAUCGCCGUGGCAGUCCCUUUGAACUCUUUGAGCUGCUCACAUCAUUAGUACGGCGGUGGUAGCAGCGGGCUACAUACAUGUUCAUGGAACCAUAAUGUAUAUGCAUCAGACAUCAGUUUCCUUAGCUAAUCUCCUUGUAUUAUUGACUCAAAUGAAACAAGUAAGAGUGAUGUUUACUAUAUUUGAAGUUUUUGAUCAAUUAAUCGAGUUUACUAUUUUUAUACA